CUGGUGACCCCAGAGAAGUACGAGGUGAAGGGCUCCAUCCAGGACUCUUCCAUCAUCCUGAUGUCUGGAGCCGACCCCAAAAUGACAGUCACCAUCACCCUGACCUCCCCCGUCAUCCGAGAGGAGGAGACCCCUGCCACACCCCCGCCACGGGACGGAGGUUGGAAAGACAUCGCCCCCCCCCCCUCUAUCCCCUCUACCCCCUUCCUUCCGUUUCGCUCUCUGCCACCCAGCUAUUGGUGCAUUAGUUUGUUCAGGGUACAGGGUGGGUGGAGUUAGCACAUUUUGGGGCGAUUUCAAAAGUCCUGUUUCUCCAAUGGUCCUAAAGUGACAUCUCCAUUCACCCAGCACCUGAAUGAAUGUACCCUGUAAGAUCAAUUUCUAUCUGAAGAGACCUACCCUGGUGGCACUUUGAAGAGGACUUUCUAGAUUGUUCUGAGAGAAGUCUAGCUGUAUGCCCCGGGCACUAAGUUUAGAUUUGACCUGUUGGGCAUCCAAGUCUCUCACUCAGUUUUGUCAUUUUAUAGACGCUAGUUAUCGUUUCAACUUCAACCAAUGAAGUGCUUGAGCUCUGUCAUGACAUGAGAUGCUGGAUUGGUCAUCAUAAAACAGUGCUCUUGCUUAGUGUGCCUUCAAAAGCCUUAGGAUAGGAAUUAUGUUUCUACUAGGUCCGACAGUCAGUGAUUUAAACUUUGGGAUUAGAGAAGUAUUGAAUAACCAAUAUUCUGUAGUUUUAAUUCACAGAAUAUCAUAAACAAUGUAAAAAAGGGAAAUAUAUAAAGAACUAACGUUUUGGGGAACCAUUCAAAUUGUCCAAGAGACCUGUUUUGAAGGCAGAGAAGCUCAUUUUGAUUAUUAUUUUUUUGGUUCAUGUAUCUUUAAAACCCGUGCCCUGAGAACAACCUGAAUGAUAUUACCGAAGGCUCAUCAUUGGAAAAAACAUUUCUAGAAACUUUACUUUCUAGUCAUGGUUAGAGCACUUCCUGGUGAAGUCUGACGGUUCCUCGUGCCAGCAGCGUAGCGCUAACUCUCUUAUCUGGAACUCCCCUUCCGUGCGUCUUGUAAAGCUGUCCCCCUACAAACAAAGCAUGGACGGUGUUUGCAUUUUCAGUCUAGUUUUUAGUUCCCAGGUAAGAUUCAUUGUUUUGUUUCCUGUGUUCCAGGGGGUUUGUUUCACUGUCACACCACUGGGAUAAACCCUCCAACACCGGGGUCAAUCGUUAGCUCUCUUAGCUCAGAACUACACACAUCAGAGGAACGUUAUUCUCUACAGAUACCAAAAAUAAAUGAAAGACCCAUUGGGGAAGGGAAGCGGUGAGGGCACUGAAUCCUAACUUAAGAAACGUGCACACAACUCAGAGCUCUGCACAAAUCGUGCGUAGAUCGAUGUCACCGGGGAGAUUUGCAGCGGAAGUUUGAGUUGAGCGGGCGUUUUGUCAGGUUUAGGAUUUGGCCAAAUGAAAACAGCAGAAAGAACAGGGUUCCAGAACACACACACAUACGGUUCUAGAACACUGGCAAGCAGUUCUAGAACACAGACGGUUCUAGAACACUGAGAGAAAUGGGUUCACACACCCCCCCACAGGAAACAAAUCUUACUUCUGGUCGUGAGGAGUUGUUCUGUCCUCACAUGCUCCCUGAGUGGACUGGUGUCCCCCCUCCACACAAAAGCCUGAUCUUGGCUACAUUUCCCUUUUUGUAGUUGAUCAUGCUGUUAACAAAACAAUACAAUCCAGAUAUGACGUGAAGCCCUUUUGAUCACGUGAUCCAUUCUCUGCAUUAGUUGACAAUGGAGGGGUGAGAGUGAGUGUUGCCAAGCUCCUGUUUCUCUAUCUAGCACGUCUCUUAGUUAUGUUUUGUUGUGCCAAUUUCUUUCACCCUAUUCCAGAAGUGUGUACUUGGAUUUGAAAGCAUAGGAUUGGUGUUGCCCAGAGAGGGUCUCCAUCUACCAUUUGUUAAAUCCAGUUUCAUAAAGUGGAUUUGAAAGCAUAGGAUUGGUGUUGCCCAGAGAGGGUGUCCAUCUACCAUUUGUUAAAUCCAGUUUCAUAAAGUGGAUUUGAAAGGAUUGGUGUUUGCCCAGAGAGGGUCUCCAUCUACCAUUUGUUAAAUCCAGUUUCAUAAAGUGGAUUUGAAAGCAUAGGAUUGGUGUUGCCCAGAGAGGGUGUCCAUCUACCAUUUGUUAAAUCCAGUUUCAGAAAGUGCGCAAGUACACACUUCAGAAUAAAGGUGCAAAAUGGGGACGCUGUGUGGCCAGCCUGCAGUAGACUUCAGUAGGUCAGGGAUGAAGACUUUGGCAGACUGUGGUUGGACCGAAGUACAGCAGAGCGGUGUACCGUUAGUGUGAUUAUCUGUUUGUUGGUUUCAUGCCAACCUACUGACUUCAGCCAGCCAUGCAGUGAUGUCCAAUCUAACCCUUCUUUUUGCUGCUGGGAGCUUCCAUGUUUCUAGUUUUUUCUGCUGCCACAUAAUUUGUAGCUUUCCUACCAGUCCAGUCCAAAGCUCUCUGUUCUUUCAUUUGUUUUAUUUUUGAAAAAUACAUCUCCAGUGUCUGGGAGAGGGUUCAACCCCCCCCCCCCCCCCAGCCCUCCGGAAGGAUUUUUGACCAAGGUUUUCCCCCACCACCCAAACACUUUGCCACACCUAUCAUUGCCACUGUUAGAAGCAGCUCAGUUCACACUCCAAGUUAUGACAGGACUUAGGACUUCUCUCUCCUUUUUGUUUCCGUUAUCAGUUACCACGACCGAUACUAAUACACCACGACCCAUACUAAUACACCACGACCCAUACUAAUACCUCACGACCCAUACUAAUACACCACGACCCAUACUAAUAUACCACGACCGAUACUAAUACACCACGACCCAUACUAAUAUACCACGACCCAUACUAAUACACCACGACCCAUACUAAUACCUCACGACCCAUACUAAUACACCACGACCCAUACUAAUAUACCACGACCCAUACUAAUACACCACGACCCAUACUAAUACACCACGACCCAUACUAAUACACCACGACCCAUACUAAUAUACCACGACCCAUACUAAUACACCACGACCCAUACUAAUACACCACGACCCAUACUAAUACACCACGACCCAUACUAAUACACCACGACCCAUACUAAUACACCACGACCCAUACUAAUAUACCACGACCCAUACUAAUACACCACGACCGAUACUAACACACCACGACCCAUACUAAUAUACCACGACCCAUACUAAUACACCACGACCGAUACUAAUACACCACAACCCAUACUAAUACACCACGACCCAUACUAAUACACCACGACCCAUACUAAUACACCACGACCCAUACUAAUAUACCACGACCCAUACUAAUACACCACGACCCAUACUAAUAUACCACGACCCAUACUAAUACACCACGACCCAUACUAAUACACCACGACCCAUACUAAUAUAUAACGACCCAUACUAAUACACCACGACCCAUACUAAUACACCACGACCCAUACUAAUACACCACGACCCAUACUAAUAUACCACGACCCAUACUAAUACACCACAACCCAUACUAAUACACCACGACCCAUACUAAUACACCACGACCCAUACUAAUACACCACGACCCAUACUAAUAUACCACGACCCAUACUAUUGACCCAUUGGAAUCCCCCUAGAAUAUCCGCCAAGUAUCAUCUCAGCAGAUGAGAUUAAGACUGAAACUGACAAAUGAUUGGCGUAACAUUGCUUUUCUUAGACAAGCUAACGUCUCAGCUUUUGAGAUGUAAACUUCUCUGUGAGAUCUUACGUUUCAGCACAUGCUAACAAUAGGCCUACAUACAGUUCAGUUAUUUGACUAUAUGAUCAAACGAAUUGCUGUUGGCACCAGCCAAUGUUAGCGACUAGGUGAGCCUUUGCUCAAAACCUAAGCAAGAGUUCCCAUCACUCAAUCCUGCUUCUAAUAUCUCAAGGUUUGGUUAGCAUUUUACGCCAGUCCCGUAAUUGACGUUCCCUUUACCCAACAAAUCACACCAACGUGAACCUAACAUUGCAUCCGUGACACACUACGUCUCCAAGCACUUGUCAUUUCGAUGUCAGGUUGGGCAUUGGUUUAUUUGGCAGAAACACCAAUCAGAUAAGACUUUAGCUAGUUCACUUCCUGGUUCCUUACAGAAACCCCAUCUUGGUAUGUGUGGCAAUGUGUUUGUAUUUUCUUGUUAAUGAGUCUUGCUCUACCUGGUCAAACACCCGUUCCUCCUCCUCCUCCUCCUCCUCCUCAACACCUCAACCCAACCAACCAACCGGUCGACCACCAUUUUUUUGACAAUUCGACUCAUCCAUUUGUAGAUGUAACCGGGGGCUUGGUGCGAGACCCGGCGGACGUCUUGGACAGGCUAAAAUGCCUUGACGCUCUAGCGGAUCUCCGCCACGCUAAGUGGUUCCAGGUUCGGACACAUCCUUUUACUUUCUUAUUGUAGCCUUAUGAGAUGCAUUUUUUUUUUAUUCCUUUGUUUGAAUUUUGUUUUAAUGAAGGAAUUAAUAAUGAAUUUAACACCCCCCCCCCCCCCCCAAAAACAAAAACACAGUAAUACCUGAUAUAAUUAAACUGUUGUUUUAAAAAGAUACAAAAAUUCAAUGAUGCCACACAUGUAAUGAUAAUGUUUUAACCAGAUUUGAAUAUCCAAUCUUUAUUUCUGAUAUUUAUUGUUGAACUUUAGAAUGGUAAUGAUUUAUAAUUUUCUGGUCCAAAAAAAAAAAAAAACUGGCAUCCUUGUAUUCCUUUUUUUUCCUUUGGCUCCAUACUAGACUAUAUUGUCUGUGUUAAAACAUGAUUCCAUAAGGCUGCAGAGAUAUCUUUGCAUAAGAUCCGAUAAGAGCUUCCAUGUUGAGCAUUAGUAUCUUGUGAUUUGUAUUUAUUUUAACAGAGGAACAGGGAUUGAGAGAAACGGGACAUCUGAUUUUUUUAUUUUUAGUUUCACUGUGUCGCUGCUAUGGCAGAAAAAGCAAACGCACAGGCAAAGCAGAUUGCCUCCUCUCUCCCAGUCCCUGACCUUCAUCUUCUUUACAAACACAAACUCUGUACAACUGCCUGACUGUCUGUGAAACACUUGAUCAACCUGAGAAGUCAGGGUUUAUAAGAUGACAAGGAAAUUGUUUCAUCUUGCAAACUGUGAGCUCUCCUUUUUUACUAAUGUUACGACGAGGUGAAAUACUCCUGGAAAUGGCAGCUGAUUCCAACCAAUUACGGCCAAUUAAUUAAUUGAGGCUUCAAUCAACCAAUCACAAGCUUCCAUUGUGUUCAGUAGUGUUUGGCCAUCAAUGACAGACGUGUUGUAAAAUGUAGUGUGCACUAUAAUAAUCCAUGUUGUCCUCUCCCGUCUGUUAUCUCUAAACCAAACGUGUUAUUGCUCCACAAGGCUAGGGCCAACGGACUCCAAUCCUGUGUGAUUGUUAUUCGUAUCCUGCGUGACCUCUGUCAGAGGGUUCCCACGUGGUCCGCCUUCCCCAGCUGGGUGAGUUCAUCGCCAGGCUAACGAGUCGACAACCAUCUCAUGAAUGUUUUAUAUGUUGUUAGAAAAGUAUUGGACCUUAAUUGGCCGGUUUCAUGGACACAGAUGAAGUCUAGUCCUGGACUAAAAAACAAAAAUAAUCUCCAUUUAAGAAUUGUUCCUAGUCCCGGCAUAAUCUGUGUCUGGGGAAACCGCCCCUAUAGGUACAUUAAAGGGAUAGUUCAGGAUGUUAUCUACUUCCCCAGAGUCGGAUGAACUUGUGGAUACCAUUUUUAUGUCUCUGCGUUCAGUUUGAAGGAAGAUUCUAGCGUUAGUGCAAUUGCUAACUAACGUUAGCGCAAUGACUGGAAGUCUUUGGGAACAGCUAGCAUGUUCGCUGUUCCUGUGGACUUUGUCUUUGCGCUAACGCUAGUUAGCAUUGGCUCGCGAACCUACCUCUUAACUUCUUUGAUACUGGACGCAGAGACAUAGAAAUGGUAUCCACCAGUUCAUCUGCCUCUGGGGAAGUAGAUAACAUCCUGAACUAUCCCUUUAAGAACAGCAGAUGGUAUCCACCAGUUCAUCUGCCUCUGGGGAAGUAGAUAACAUCCUGAACUAUCCCUUUAAGAACAGCAGAUGGUAUCCACCAGUUCAUCUGCCUCUGGGGAAGUAGAUAACAUCCUGAACUGUCCCUUUAAGAACAGCAGAUGUGUUAACUCGGGGCUAACACACCGGCUGCAGCUUCACUCAAUGACGAGUUUAAACGUCUCCAUCCCCUCUCCUCCCUCUCCUCCCUCUCCUCCCCAUCUCCUCUCCCUCUCCUCCCUCUCCUCCCCCUCCAUCUCAUCUCCCUCUCCUCCCCAUCUCCUCUCCCUCUCCUCCCUCUCCUCCCCCUCCAUCUCCUCUCCCUCUCCUCCCCCUCCAUCUCAUCUCCCUCUCCUCCCUCUCCCUCUCCUCCCCCUCCUCCUCCAUCCCCCCUCCUCCUCCAUCCCCGCUCCCCCCUCCUCCAUUCCCCUCCUCCAUCCCCCCUCCUCCUCCAUCCCCGCUCCCCCUCCUCCAUUCCCCUCCUCCAUCCCCCCUCCUCCUCCAUCCCCGCUCCCCCUCCUCCAUUCCCCUCCUCCAUCCCUCCUCCUCCUCCAUCCCCGCUCCCCCCUCCUCCAUUCCCCUCCUCCAUCCCCCCUCCUCCUCCAUCCCCCUCCCCCUCCUCCAUUCCCCUCCUCCAUCCCCCCUCCUCCUCCAUCCCCCGCUCCCCCUCCUCCAUUCCCCUCCUCCAUCCCCCCUCCUCCUCCAUCCCCCCUCUCCACUCCUCUCCCCCCCCUCCUCCCCCUCCUCCAUCCCCUCUCCUCCAUCCCCCCUCCUCCAUCCCCCCUCUCCUCCCCUCCCCCCUCCUCCCCCUUGUUCUCCAGGCCAUGGAGCUGCUGGUGGAGAAGGCCAUCAGCAGUGCCUCUGGCCCCCUGAGUCCAGGCGAUGCACUGCGACGAGUCUUUGAAUGUAUUUCCUCCGGGAUCCUGCUCCCCGGUAAGUCUAACCUAUUUCACUAUUUACUAUUAUAGCAGACUAUUUCGCCUAUCAUAAUGGGAGACUAUUUUUGACGAUCGUGACAGAUUUUCACGUAGUUGUGAAUGAAUGAAUCUGGGGUUAAUGGCGUUUGGGCAUUAGCAGAAUGCUGAUUGGUGUAUUUGGUCGCUGGGGUUAAUGGCGUGUGGGCAUUAGCAGAAUGCUGAUUGGUGUAUUUGCCCGCCAGGUGGUCCGGGGUUGGUGGACCCGUGUGAGAAGAACCCCACUGAUACCCUGACAACCAUGAAGGAGCAGCACAGGGAGGACAUCACCUCAAGUGCCCAGGUACUGACAGACACAUGUAUAGAAUAUAAACACAAUGUAUUAUAUAUAUAUAUAUAUAUAUAUAUAUAUAUAUAUAUAUAUAUACUGAACAAAAAUAUAAAUGCAACAUGUAAAGUGUUGGUCCCAUGUUUCAUGAGCUGAAAUAAAAGAUCCCAGAAAUACAUACAAAAAGCUUAUUUCUCUAACAUUUUGUGCACACAUUUGUUUACAUCCCUGUUAGUGAGCAUUUCUCCUUUGCCAAGAUAAUCCAUCCACCUGACAGGUGUGGCAUACCGAGAAGCUGAUUAAACGGCAUGAUCAUUACACAGGUGCACCUUGUGCCUGGGGACAAUAAAAGGCCACUCUAAAAUGUGCAGUUUUGUCACAAAACACAAUGCCACAGAUGUCUCAAGUUUUGAGGGAGCGUGCCACUGCCAUGCUGACUGCAGGAAUGUCCACCAGAGCUGUUGCCAGAGAAUUGAAUGUUCAUUUCUUGUUCAAGAGAAUUGUGCUCUUCACGGAUUAAUCCCAGUUUCAACUGUACCAGGCAGAUGGCGUCGUGUGGGCAAGCGGUUUGCUGAUGUCAACGUUGUGAACAGAGUGCCCCAUUAUGGCGGUGGGGUUAUGGUAUGGGCAGGCAUAAGCUACGGACAACGAACACAAUUGCAUUUUAUCGAUGGCAAUUUGAAUGCACAGAGAUACUGUGACGAGAUCCUGAGGCCCAUUGUCGUGCCAUUCAUCUGCCGCCAUCACCUCAUGUUUCAGCAUUAUAAUGCACGGCCCCAUGUCGCAAGGAUCUGUACACAAUUCCUGGAAGCUGAAAAUGUCCCAGUUUUUCCAUGGCCUGCAUACUCCCCAGACGUCAUCCAUUGAGCAUGUUUGGGAUGCUCUGGAUCGACAUGUACCACAGCGUGUUCCAGUUCCCGCCAAUAUCCAGCAACUUCGCACGGCCAUUGAAGAGGAGUGGGACCACAUUCCACAGGCCACAAUCAACAGCCUGAUCAACUCAAUGCGAAGGAGAUGUGUCGUUCUGCAUGAGGCAAAUGGUGGCCACACCAGAUACUGACUGUUUCUCUGAUCCACACCCCUACCGUUUCUUUUUUUUUUUUAAGGCAUCUGUGACCAACAGUCGUGAACUCCAUAGAUUAGAGCCUAAUGAAUUUAUUUCAAUUGACUGAUUUCCUUAUAUGAACUGUAACUCAGUAAAAUCUUUGAAAUUGUUGCAUUUAUAUUUUUGUUCAGUGUAGUAAUAGCCUAAGAACAGAUCCUUGAGGUACACCAUAAUUAUAAGGUACUGGCCAAACAUAAAUAGUAAAGUUUUAAUAUAUGAUUAUAGAUGUAAGACAUUGACCACCAUACCUUUUUAUAUAAAUUGCCAGAUCAUUGAGGUACUGUAUGUAGUUAACGCUCCUUGUCUGUCCAGUUCGCUCUGCGGCUGCUAGCGUUCCGUCAGGUGCACAAGGUGCUGGGUAUGGACCCACUGCCCCAGAUGAACCCCCGCUUCAACAUCCGCAACAACCGUAAGCGUCGCCGUGAGAACAGCGACGGGACGGACGGAUUCGAGGGCGAAGGGAAGAAGGACAAGAAGGAUUUGGACAGUAGUUACUAG